UGGAAAGUGCAUCUGAGAGCAGCGAGGUUCGCUGGGAGAAACGACUUCGUCUGUCUGUCUCUCUCUCUCGCUUUUCUCGCUUUUUUCAUGCAUCUUCUCGAGUGGGUGUGCGCUGCACACUUGGAAACUGUUUUUCAAGAAAGCAGAGAAUUCAACUACUAGCAAGCGACUGUGAGAGGCGACAGAGACGUGGAUAGCAAGAUACUUCGCUCUCUCUUUGACUCUUCAAGCCGCGCUUUCUCCGGAUUUCCUCCAGACUUGUCUCCUUGCAGCCUCUCCGAACUUCCACCGCGUUCACCCUCCGCCUCUUCUCUCCUUUUCGCAGACCGAGCAGAGCAGCAUUUGGCACCGACCGAAUCCGGCUAACCUCACAAGUUGCGAAUCCAGACCUCCGCUGCCUCCACAAGUGUCUCGUUUUGUCUCGAAAGGCAGUUCUUCUGCUGUGUCUCCUCCUUCCAUCUUACCUUUUACUCUGCUUCUUCUCUUCCUCUGCUUCUUCUCUUCCUUUGCAUGCAUCUUCUUUCCUGGCUGUGUCUUUGCCCUCUGCUGCGACUCUGGAGUUCCUCUGUCUAGCCACCGACUGCGACGAUGCUUCGCAGGUUCGCUGCUUCAGAGACGACUUCGCUCCUGCGUUGAGGAAGAGCAUUCGCCGUCCCCGAAAGAGAAAUCGAGCGACGACGAAGCGCAUGCAACGAUGGCGCUCAGCGCCGCAUUUCGUUCGCAGGUCGCCUGCGCGAAUUGGUCGCCUGACGGAGAAUUCCUCGCCACCGUGACAGAGCACCUUGUCGAGCUGAGACCUCUCGCUGAUCCAAGCAGUCCUCAGCUGUUCCCCUCACGCGAAAAAAUUAUCAAACUCCUCUGGUCGCCCGAUUCCUCUCGCUUCCUCUGUCUCCUCGCAGAUCACACAGUCCGGGUGUUUUCUGUCUCCGAUUGCCAAUGGACCUGUGCAAUCGACGAGGGCCUUCUGCCGGUCGUGGCUGCCAGUUGGGCUCCAGAUUCUCUGCACAUCGUCACCGCCUCGGACUGCGGAAUGCGCCUGUCCGUAUGGAGCCUGUGCGCGACGCCAGCAGAAGACCCGCUGAGGCUCGUCGUCAUGCGCCCCAAGUUCCCCUCGGCAGGCCGCGCGUUCAGCCCAAGCGGCGCUUUCUGGGCUGUAUGUACACGCGUCGACUGCAAGGACUUCCUCGAGAUUUUCCACGUCUCCCAGGACUGGGUCAAGCUGCGAGACUUCCAAGUGAAGACGGACGACCUCCAGGGCCUUCUCUGGACACCCAGCGAAACUUCCCUCGUCGUCUGGGAUACUCCACUCCUCGCUCGCCUGGCGGUCUACCACAUAAGCGGGCAAGUGCUCUUCGAGCUCGAACCGCGGACCGAGUCUCUCGGCUUUCGCAACCUGCAGGUGCAUGCAAAAGCGAAUCUCUUAGUCGCCUCUGGCUACGACGAAACGAUUCGAGUUUUCUCUCUCGGGGACUGGGCAGAAGUCUUCCCGCCGUUGCACCACAGAGAAAGGAUGCCUUUCUUGCCUCACCUCCUCGUCGUGAGAGAAGAAGCAAAUGACCUUCCGAAGCGCAUGCAGCCCGCAGACCUCUUCUCCAGUCAGAGAAACCGCGAAAAACGCGAAAGCGGCGAAAACGGAGAAAUAUGCGAAUGUUCAAGCCGCUCCCCUGUGGUGUACAGACAGCUCUCUCUCCAGGAGAGGCAGGACGCCAGCGAAGAGAAGGAGAACAACUCCUCUGGAAGUUGCCAGUCGCGAACAGAAAGCGAAAACAGGACUGUGGCGCAGGAGAAGGCGCGAGCUGAUCGAGAAGGCCGAGAAGGGAAAGAAAUCGAGGAAGCGAAGAAGUUGCCGAAAGCAUUCAUCACCCUUCCGACCGAGAAAGCGGCGCCUGUGCGUCUCGGAUCGCUUUUGGAGACUCGCGCAGGGACGCCGGGCGCAGGAGGCUCGAAAGCGAGGAAAGAAAAUUCUUCCUUCGGCAUCUGUCGCGCCUUGCUGAGUCCCUGCGGGGCGUUCGUCGCUUCGCAGAAUGAGAGACAGCCGUGUGUGAUCUUCCUGUGGUCUCUGCAAAGCGGAGACCUCGUGAGCCUCGCGCUUCAUCGGGAGCCUGUGACGAGUUUUGCGUGGAGUCCCCACCCGGCGGCCUCUGGAGACACAGCCUGUCUGGCGAUAGCGACGAAUGCGUCGCGCUUCUUCCUCUGGACGCCGCGGUGGCAGUCGGUCGCGGAGCUCUCCAUACCUCUUCAGUGUCAAAAACUGCUCUGGAGCCCUGGGGGCGAGGCUCUCUUGCUUCAAGAAAAGUCGAAAGGCGUGAUUGCGUAUCCCUCUUUCCUCUACUCGGUCCCCGACAAAGAAGAAACAACAAUGUAAUUUCAAAGACGCAAAGAAAGGAGGCUCAUGAUUGAAAGCGAAGUGCAGAAUCUCAUCUGCAGCGCAACAGAGUGCGGUGAAGAGCAUACGGCAUGCAGCGAGACCCACAGGAAGUCACCGCGGUCCAGUAUCUGGAUAAAUCUUUUUUAAAAUAACAUUGUGAAUACAGAGAGAAGAAAGGGAAAAGUUUCACACAUUCAAAGUGUACACAUAUCCUCAUAUAACUAUAUGCGUACAUAUAUAUAUAUAUACGUAUAGAGAGAUAGAUGGAUACAUCCGUACAAACAGCAGGCAAAUGUAUCUGGAGAGGUACGGUUGUAAUCAUAUUCAGUCUGCAUGCCUAUACCGAUUGCAUGGAUGUAUAUGCAUACAACCAGAUAUGUAACUAUAUCUACACUAAAACAUGUAUAUCCAGCUGUGUGCUUGUGGUUAAGGGAAUUGAAUGCAGUUUUUUGGAUAAGUGG